AUGGCGGAUGAGGUUGUGUUGUUGGAUUUCGAUCUCAGCAUGUUUGGCAUAAGAGUUAGGAUUGCAUUGGCAGAGAAAGGGGUCAAAUAUGAGUACAAGGAAGAGGAUCUGGUGAACACUAAGAGUGCAUUGCUUCUUCAAAUGAAUCCAAUUCACAAGAAAAUCCCUGUCCUUGUCCACAAUGGGAAACCCAUUUGUGAGUCCCUCAUUAUUGUUCAGUAUAUUGAUGAAGUCUGGAAGGAUAAAUCUCCUUUGCUGCCCACUGAUCCAUAUCAGAGAGCUCAGGCAAGGUUCUGGGCUGAUUUUGUUGAUAACAAGGUGCAUCAAGUUGCAAAGAAGAUAUGGACUGGGAAGGUAGAUGAACAUGAGAAAGAAAAGAAGGAAUUAAUAGAGAAUUUGAAGCAACUGGAGGAAGUUCUUGGGGACAAACCAUACUUUGGGGGUGACACAUUUGGGUUUCUUGAUGUUGCUUUCAUUCCUUUUUAUAAAUGGUUUUCUACUUAUGAGAAAGUAGGCAAAUUGAAGCUGGACUCUCCUAAACUCAUUGCUUGGGGUAUCAGAUGUUUGCAGAGGGAAAGCGUGUCCAAAUUCCUUUGA